AAUUAUUUUUCUUUUUUAUUGGCCACUAACUUUACGAAUCGUUUCACCGUUAGUCACCAGCCGUCAAUCUCUGUUAACUCCGUCAGUUUUUUUAUGAUAUGUCAAACAGAAUUGCUGACUGGACCGUUAACUUAAUGACUUAUCAAUUUAAAAAAAAAAAAAAAAAUUUGGCCUACUCCCCUUCCUCCAAUUCCAACUCCCCCAACAAACCGCACCAAUCUCCGCCAACGCCGCCCUCCUUCCUGAACCUGCCCAGCAAAAGAGCUCCUAGUAUUGGAGACUCCAACCCCACGGGUUUCAACCGGCAGAGUCGGUCCGUCGUAUUUCCGUCUCCAACUGCUGUCUCCGACCCACAACCCGGAAGCGUCUGGAAGAAAAGGGCAGCAUAUAAUUGAGUAAAUGUCAAUGCCUUUAAAGUGAUCGACGAAUUGCUCAUUCGAGUUCAGAGCGGCAGAAAGACAUGACAAAUUGCAACAAGUAGUCAGGCUGUGUUGUGUUCAAAAGUUUGUGAAACAACUCUCUCGCUAAAAUGCAGUAGGGGAAGAAAAAAAAUCAAUAGAAGGACAAACCAAGAUGUAAUUGGUCCAUGUUUACAAGAAUGAAAGUUCAUUAUGGGGUUGGAAAUUUCUGCAACUCUUAAAAAAAUCCUCAUUGAAAUCUUUGCCUCUUUCACGCUGAGAUUUGGCCGAGACCAGCUGCGCUCAAACUCCACCCAGAUCCGAUUCCAACAAAGUCAUCAAUUAAGUAGGUGGGGUCGUGCUAUAAGUCUAUAACCAUCACACCCAUUGAUUGAAACAGGGUGGAUCUUGAAAGUCUGGAGCUUCGGGGGAUUCCUCCUUCGCGGCUGUGGCCCGGCCACGAGAAGCGUGUUCGUUGCCGGCGGAGCAGCCACCGUCUCGCCAAGACCAGUCACUACAAUAUCCUCUCCAGACCGUCGCUAUAGCCUACGCCGGGAAUCCACGUCAUCGUCAUUGGUCGCUGCACGCAUCCGCAACGAUCCGCCGUUGUCAUCGUCCCCAGUUUCUUAAGAUCUAGGGAAAUCUUCCGAAACAUAACCACCCAAAAAAUCAAAAUUAAAACUCUUUAAACUCAUAAUCAAAAGAAACACUUAAAAAUCGACAAGCAUUGAGAAGGAUAGACCACUUAUCGUUUUUGUUCGCUCACUGGCGAUGAGAAUAGAGCAGUGGCAGACUGAGAUCGAGGGAGGAGGAGAGUGCAAUUUUGGGGUUUUUAUUUGUCUGUGUUUGAUAGAAGAGGGAGACAGAGAAUAGAUUGAGAAGAGAAGGGAGAGACGAAGAAGAGAGGAGAAAAGGUGAGGAAGAGGGAGGAAUCAGAUGAGAAGCAGAGAGGUGGAAGGAGGACCAGUGGUGAUGAGUUGAAGGAAAUAGGAAAUAAAAAAUAAAAAAUCCAUUUCAGUAAUUUAUCAGUCCAGUCAGCAUUUUUUUUGUUAACGGAGUCUAAUGGAAACUGAUGACCGAUGACUAACAGUGAAAUUAUUCGUGAAGUUAGUGAUCAAUUAAAAAAAAUGUAAUUUGAAUGGCAAAAGUGAGAGAUUUAUAUAAUUUGAGUAACCAAACUUAAUUUAGCCCUAAAAGAACUGUGUAAGAUUUUAGAUUUCACACCCGAGCAGCUGCUUUUCUCCUGUCUGUGCCCACUGUUGCUUUUAUCGAUCGAUCGAUAGAGCUCGUCAUCGAUCGAACCAGAACGGAAAUGGAGAAAGGAGUGAAGAGAUGGAUAGUCGACGUAUCCGAGUGGAACCCAUCUCCCAAUGACUUCUCUCUCGCGCUCGCUGCUCUUCCUCAACUUGAACAUUCCUGCAUCACCAGAUUUGUGAGGGAGGAAGAUAGGAAGAGAGCCCUAGUAAGCCGACUGCUACAGUACUCCCUUGUCCGUGAAGUUCUGCAAAUACCUUAUGAUGAAAUUGUCAUCAAACGUACAUUGGAAGGAAAGCCUUAUCUGGAAUGUGAUAAUGGAGUUCAACCUGAACUCCCCAAUUUCAACUUCAAUGUGUCCCAUCAUGGUGACUAUGUUGCCAUAGCAUCCGAGCCUCUGUGCCUUGUCGGGAUCGACAUUGUUUCUUGUGACCUACCAAUCAAUGAGACGGUUCAAAGCUUCAUUCAAGCCUUCGAGUCGUACUUCUCGAGAUUCGAAUGGGAGAAUAUAAACAAAGUAGGAAGCCCAGAUGAAACAUUGGCCGAAUUUUACAGAUAUUGGAGCUUGAAGGAAGCUUACGUGAAAGCCAUAGGCAGCGGAUUGUCGAACGGGAUAGAUAGAGUAGAGUUUCGGCAUAAUAACUGGAUGAACAUAAGUGUACUCAUUGAUGGGAAGCGGUGUAAAGAAUGGAGCUUUUGGCUGCAUGAGCUUCCAAAGAGACACUGGCUGUCAAUUGCCAGAGGCCAUCCUAAGGCUGCUUGGGGAAGUUACAAGGCAACACUGAAACGGACGGAGUUUAGCCAAGAGGUGUAUGAGAACGGUCUUCGGCUUCCAAAUGCAGGAGUCGACACGAGAACUGUAGAUCAACUCGUACGAACUUUAGCUCGUGCUAAAUAAGCUGGUGCUGGUACGAGGAGUUUAACGUAAAUGGAUAGAUGUUUCUACUGACCCAUUCAACAACUGCGUUUUUGCAGCAUGGAUAGAAAUUGUUGCAUCAUAGACUUCUAGGGGAGAAGAAUUAGUUUGGAACUGGAUUUUGUUGAUAACUGAGAACAACUUUUUUAGUUUGAUUUAGCAACUAAUCUGCUUUAUGUUUAAGGUUUCAAAUUCGUUGUGCAAAUGAAUGAGACAAAGAAGCAUACUUUUAGGUCCUGUUCACUUCCCAUUCCGUUUUCAGUCAUUUUGGUAACCGAAAACGAAAUCUGGAGAAAUGGAAGCUGCCAUUUUGGCAACUGAAAUCUGAAAAUGAAAACUUGUUUAGCUG